CCCCCCCCCCCCCCCCAGCCGCUGUGAGGCGGUGCCACGAGGUUUUUUUCCUCGCAGCAGCGCUGAUGGGCGAGAUUGAGACUAGCUGGGCAAAACCAGUCUUAGAGCAAAGCGUACUUCUCUUUUCAAGCAUUUCUUCACUCUUCCGAGGCUUCUCUUGUGUAACUUGACGCUGCGGUCCCAACAGUUUUCUGUUUGCAGGGACCUCAUUUCAGUGAGCCGAAUGAAACAAGUACAGUUGGUGUCUUGAGCACUGUUCUGAAAUGCCGUGGGCCAGCAGAGUUAUGUCUGAGCUCAGUUAUGUGGAAGUUUACUGUUUUCUGAGGAAAAGUAAUUAUCUUCGUAUGUGGACGAUGUUAAGCAAAUUGCGUAUCUGUUUCUUGGUUUGAAUGUUUAUGCUAUCAUUUAUUAUUUUAGAAAGUAAACAAGAAAGAGUUAUAGAUAAACAAUAACGACGUGCCUGAAUUUUCAUUUAAUUUCUCAGUAGGAAGUAGAAAUAAGGUCAUGAAUAUGUCCUGAGAAUGUGAGGGCUGCCAAAAUACACUGUAGAUGCUUUUCAGAGAAAAACAGUAGAUAUCAAAUAACUGUUGAGUCAUAAAAUCCAGAUGUUGGUUACAGCUCACAUUGGUGAGAAGUAUAUAAUCACCACCACUAUAGCUGCCCAAUGCCCAUUUCUGCUUUGAGAACUUCCCCGAAAGCCUGUUUCUAAUCUUAUGGAAACCCUUUGAAUUUUGGCACAGUCUACAAAAGUAUGUAGGAAAAAAAAGCCUGCCAGAGGUUUGGCCUCUAACUGUGAAAACAGACACUGCCUUUUCCAACUCCUCUCCUAGAUCCGCUGACCAGCUCCCAGAAAAAAGAGUUUGUGUUCUUUAGGAAGACUGCAGAAAAAUGAAGACCCGGCUAAAAGUACUAUUUGGCGUGGUUGUAUGUGUUUUGCUUUCCUUAUUACUUAUGUGUAUUGUACUGCUUCCAUCCAAAGUUGUCACCACAGCUGAUGGUCCUAGAGCUCUUACACUGGAUGAUUACUUGAAUGGAAAUUUUCAGUAUAAAACAUAUUUUCCAUACUGGGUGUCAGAUAGUGAAUAUCUUCACCAGAAUCCAGAAGAUGAUAUUAUUCUUUUCAAUGUUGAAAUGAACUACCUAACUACCAUUAUGACCAACAGCACAAUGAAACAAGUUAAUGCUUCAAAUUAUGUGAUGUCAUCAGACAAAUACUUCAUAGCUCUGGAGAGCAAUUAUUCAAAGCUGUGGAGAUAUUCUUAUACUGCAUCAUACCAUAUUUAUGAUCUCAUAUAUGGUGGUUUUGUAACAGAAAAUCAGCUUCCACAUAAAAUUCAGUAUAUAUCCUGGUCACCCGUUGGACACAAAUUGGCAUAUGUUUACCAAAAUAAUAUCUAUUUGAAACAAAGUCCAGGAGAGGCACCAAUUCAGCUAACUAGUGAUGGAAAAGAAAAUGAAAUAUUUAAUGGGAUACCUGAUUGGGUCUAUGAAGAGGAAAUGCUAGCAACAAAAUAUGCAUUGUGGUGGUCUCCAAGUGGAAAAUACCUAGCAUAUGUACAAUUUAAUGAUUCUGACAUACCAGUAAUUGAAUAUUCGUAUUUUGGUGAGGAACAGUACCCAAGAAAAAUAAUCAUCCCAUAUCCCAAGGCUGGUGCUAAAAAUCCUACUGUUAAAGUGUUUAUUGUAGACACUACUAACAUUGAAGCAUUUGGUCCUAAAGAGGUGCCAGUUCCUGCAGUGAUAACAUCAAGUGAUCAUUAUUUUACUUGGCUUACUUGGGUAACAGAUAAUCGAGUUGGUGUGCAAUGGCUAAAGAGAAUCCAGAAUUUUUCAGUCUUAGCUAUUUGUGACUUCAAAGAAAAUUCAAAUACUUGGGUCUGUCCAGAGAAUCAACAGCACAUAGAGGAAAGUCAAACAGGAUGGGCAGGAGGAUUCUUUGUUUCUGCACCAUAUUUUACCUCAGACAGCAGUUCGUACUACAAAAUUUUUAGUGACAAAAAUGGUUAUAAGCAUAUACAUUACAUCAAUGGUUCUGUGGAGAAUGCAAUCCAAAUUACAAGUGGAGAAUGGGAGGCAAUUUAUAUUUUUAGAGUAACAAAUGAUGCAAUUUUCUACUCAAGCAAUGAAUUUGAAGGCUAUCCAGGGAGAAGAAAUAUUUACAAAAUUAGUAUUGGAAGUAAGCCUAUCAGAAAACUAUGCAUUACUUGCAAUUUACGGAAAGAGAGAUGCCAGUAUUAUACAGCAAGGUUCAGUGAGCGCUCUAAGUAUUAUGCCUUGAUCUGUUAUGGUCCUGGGAUUCCUAUUUCUACUCUUUUUGAGAAUGAGAGUGAUAGAGAGCUCAGAAUAUUAGAAGACAAUCAGGAAUUGCAGUCUGCUUUGCAAGAGAUCAUACUGCCAAAAGAAGAAAUUAAUAAACUUGAAGUGGAUGGUAUAACUUUGUGGUACAAAAUGCUUCUACCCCCACAGUUUGAUAGAUCCAAGAAGUACCCACUGCUUAUUCAAGUAUAUGGAGGACCAUGCAGUCAGAAUGUGAAACACACAUUUAGCAUUAGCUGGAUAACCUAUCUUGCAAGCAAAGAGGGAAUUAUUGUUGCUCUAGUAGAUGGCAGAGGAACAGCUUAUCAAGGUGACAAGAUUUUGCAUGCAGUUUAUCGAAGACUAGGAGUCUAUGAAGUUGAGGACCAAAUCUCAGCAGUGAAGAAAUUUAUAGAAAUGGGUUUUAUUGAUGAGAAACGAAUAGCAAUAUGGGGCUGGUCCUAUGGUGGAUAUGUAACUUCUCUGGCACUUGGAUCUGGCAGUGGAGUAUUUAAAUGUGGAAUAGCUGUGGCUCCUGUUUCCAGCUGGGAAUAUUAUGCAUCUAUCUACACAGAACGAUUUAUGGGUCUUCCUGUAGAGUCUGAUAAUCUUGAGCACUAUAAGAAUUCAACUGUGAUGGCAAGAGCAAAGAAUUUCCAAAACGUUGAGUAUCUUCUCAUUCAUGGAACAGCAGAUGAUAACGUACAUUUUCAGAACUCAGCACAAAUUGCAAAAGCUCUGGUUAAUGCACAGGUGGAUUUCCAGGCAAUGUGGUACACUGACCAGAACCAUGGUAUUCCAGGACUUUCCAGCAAACACCUCUACACACAUAUGACCCACUUCCUCAAACAAUGUUUUUCUUUGUCAGAAUAGGUAGGCUACUCAGAGAAUGCUAAGCCAUCUGAUAUAUCUCUGAGAGAAUGCCGAGAUAGCAGUGCCCAGGUUGUAUUCAGGUAAAUUGAUAUCAGGAUCUUUGAAGUUUAUAAUUUGAUAUUUACAUCCAUUUUUGAGAUUGUAUAUUAGCAGGUGUUAUGUUAAUACAUGUUUUGGCACAUUUAUCACCUGUUUGAUAGCAAAAAGUAAAAUCGGAAUGUAAACGGGAUGUGCACUUAUUGCCAUCUUGCUUAAACUACAUUCUGCAUUCCAAAGAUAUGUGGUCCAUUGCAAAGGCAUGCUGCUAAAUGAAUAUAAUUACAUUUGUUAACUAUAACCGUAAAAUAGGAAGGGACAAAGAAAGAAGUGCAAGUAACUAAUUAGCAUCCUAACAAGAACUAGUUUCUCAAAAUUUAUGUAUAUUUCCAGUUUCAUGGAAAGAAUCCAAGCAGAGACAGGAAUAUAAUAUUUGAAGCUGUAGUAUGGAUAAUUAUUGAACGCUCUAUUCAAAUUAUAUUCAGCUCUUUUUUAAAGCCCUUGUUGUGCAAAAAUCUGUAUUCCAGUUUAAAUAUGGAAGCAGGACAUUCACAAUAUCUAUUUUAUCUCAGUGUUGGUUUUUUUCUGUCUGAUUUGAGAAUAUGUUAGACAUUUCAACCUGUUUUUACUCAUCACCUCAACGUUUACAUUAAUUUUAAUGUCAUUCAUCCCAGAUUGGGGGGGGGUCAAAGGAAUAUGCAGGCUUUUUUGUUUAGUUUCCAUUUUGACUAUUUUAGAGCAUCCUAUAAAAAGUCUAGAUAAAUAAUAACUGGAUCACAUAUAUUCUUUUAAUUGGUAAUUAAAUGAGUCCAGUCAUAAUAUAAGAGUAUGAGCAAGAAAAUUGGCAGGAGAUCCAUUUCAGAUGGUCAGAUGUUUAAAAAAUUCUGAAUUAGCCCACUGCCUAAGAACUGUUGUCUGUCUAAUGCAGUAUCUCAGCUCUGCUAUUAGCAAGUAAGUUCAAAAUAACCUGAAAAAACUGUGGAGUAGAAUUCCCAGCAUAAACAGCAACAACAACAACAA